UUUGUGGUUUUGUCCCAGUUCCCCUGGGAGCUCAUACAGAGCAGGGCCCACGAUGGCCUGAGGGACGCAUCGAGGUUGCCACCUGAUUUCGGCUCAGCCCGUGGAGAGUCUUAGCAAGCAGCCACGAGGGCUAGAUCCCAGGGAUGAGAGCGUCCAGGGGAGAUGUGAGCCCGGCGGGGCUCCCGCCCACCUGUCGCUGAAGCGCGCCCCCCGCCCUGGGCCCAGCAUGCGCCUGUCGGCGCGGAGGGCACUGCUGGCAGCCGGCCUCGCCCUGGCCUUGCUGCUGGCAGUCCAGAUGGGGCAGCAGGUGCUGGAGUGCCGGGCGGCGCUGGGGGGCCCCCGGGGCCCCCGGCGUACCAUGCGGCCGGAGCAGGAGGACCUGGUGAUGGUGAGCACGGACCACGUGGAGUACCGCUAUGGCAAGGCCAUGCCGCUCAUCUUCGUGGGGGGCGUGCCCCGGAGUGGCACCACGCUCAUGCGUGCGAUGCUGGACGCCCACCCCGAGGUGCGCUGCGGGGAGGAGACCCGCAUCAUCCCCCGCGUGCUGGCCAUGCGCCAGGCCUGGUCCAAGUCGGGCCGGGAGAAGCUGCGGCUGGACGAGGCGGGUGUGACAGACGAGGUGCUGGACGCCGCCAUGCAGGCCUUCAUCCUGGAGGUGAUCGCCAAGCACGGAGAGCCGGCCCGCAUCCUCUGCAACAAAGACCCCUUCACGCUCAAGUCCUCUGUCUACCUGUCGCGCCUGUUCCCCAACUCCAAGUUCCUGUUGAUGGUGCGGGACGGCCGGGCCUCCGUGCACUCCAUGAUCACCCGCAAGGUCACCAUUGCCGGCUUCGACCUCAGCAGCUACCGUGACUGCCUCGCCAAGUGGAACAAGGCCAUUGAGGUGAUGUAUGCCCAGUGCAUGGAGGUGGGCAAGGACAAGUGCCUGCCCGUGUACUACGAGCAGCUGGUGCUGCACCCCCGGCGCUCCCUCAAGCUCAUCCUCGACUUCCUCGGCAUCUCCUGGAGCGACGCCGUCCUGCACCAUGAGGACCUCAUCGGCAAGCCCGGCGGCGUCUCCCUGUCCAACCCGUCCUCUCUCCCCAGGAUCGAGCGAUCCACAGACCAGGUCAUCAAGCCCGUGAACCUGGAAGCUCUCUCCAAGUGGACUGGCCACAUCCCCGGGGAUGUGUUGAGGGACAUGGCCCAGAUUGCCCCCAUGCUGGCUCGGCUCGGCUAUGACCCCUAUGCAAACCCGCCCAACUACGGCAACCCCGAUCCCAUCGUCAUCAACAACACACACCGGGUCUUGAAAGGGGACUAUAGAACACCAGCCAAUCUGAAAGGCUAUCUUCAGGUGAACCAGAAUAGCACCUCUGCCCACCUCGGAAGCUCAUGAUUUCCAGAUCUUUGCAAAUGGCUUUGUUGCCAGAAGAGAAGAAACUUUGCAUUUGAGUGGAAAUCGGACCUCUAAUCCAAGCAUAUUGCUUG